GCAGCCAUCCGCAGGCGGCACAAUUGCUCGAAAUCUCCUCAGUGAUAACUCAGCCCUUAUCGCGCGCUGGGAGGAAAUCUGAAUUCAUUUCCCCAAAAGACGACCGUGUCGCAUUUUUGUGCCGGUUUCAGGACAAAAAGCCCCACAACAUUUUGUCCGAACUGGAAGUUGUGUUUGCUGGAGCCACCGGGGAGCCUUGUACCUCCACAGUCCCGGGAGGGUUGAUUCGUCCUCCUGCGGAGCGCACAGCAUUUCAUCCGCCAAGAGGAUCCACCGGAGGAUCCACACCGCGGGAGUUGCAUUUGGAGAAUAUCGAUGCAAUGAUCCCAAGGUGAGCUGAGGUCCUGUUGUGUCCGUCUGUGAGAGCUGAGUAUUCAGAGGAAACUCCUGACUGAGAAACACAAAAUGUCUGCUGCUAAUAUCAGCCCGCUGAUCCUCGCCAUCCUCCUCCUCGCACCCUCAGUUUCGAGCCAACAGGUCCCCACUAACUGUGUGAUCCAGAGGGAGGAGGAGAAAUGCAUGGAGAUGAUGGCCUCGGAUGAUCCUGGGAACGAUCCAGAAUUUGGCUGUCCCUGGAUGUGGGACAACCUGACAUGUUGGCAGCCUGCCAGGAUCGGUGAGGUGGUCGAAGUCAACUGUCCCGAACUCUUCUCUCAGUUCAUGAGCGAAGAAGACUACGAGCUGGGGAAGUUGAGUCGGAACUGUACCGAGUUUGGCUGGUCAGCGACCUUCCCUCAUUACAUCGACGCCUGCCUGUACGAGGAGGGAAACAGCAGCCGUUCGGACAUGUACUUUGUGUCAGUGAAGGCUCUGUACACUGUGGGCUACAGCACCUCUCUGGUCUCCCUCACCAUGGCCAUGGUCAUCCUAUGCAGGUUCAGGAAGCUGCACUGCACCAGGAACUUCAUCCACAUGAACCUGUUUGUGUCGUUCAUCUUGAGAGCUAUUUCAGUCUUCAUCAAAGACGGCGUGCUGUACGCCAAAGAGGACAGCGAGCACUGCUUCAUACACACUCUGGAGUGUCGAGCAGUGAUGAUAUUCUUCCAUUACUGCGUCCUUUCUAACUACUUCUGGCUCUUCAUCGAGGGUCUUUACCUCUUCACUUUACUGGUGGAGACCUUCUUCCCUGAAAAGAGAUACUUCUACUGGUACAUCAUCAUUGGCUGGGGAACCCCCACAGUGUGUGUGACCAUCUGGGCGGUGCUGAAGCUACACUUUGAUGAUAUCGGGUGCUGGGACAUGAAUGACAACGCUGCCAUCUGGUGGGUGAUAAAGGGACCUGUGCUGGCUUCAAUUAUGAUCAACUUUGUGCUCUUCAUUGGCAUCAUCAUCAUCCUCGUCCAGAAGUUACAGUCCCCAGAUAUCGGUGGAAAUGAAUCCAGUAUUUACCUAAGGUUGGCCCGCUCCACUCUGCUACUGAUCCCUCUGUUUGGGAUCCACUACACUGUGUUUGCCUUCUCCCCUGAGAACGUCAGCAAGAGAGAGCGGCUGGUGUUUGAACUCGGCCUCGGAUCCUUUCAGGGCUUUGUGGUGGCCGUCCUCUACUGCUUCCUGAAUGGAGAGGUGCAAUCGGAGAUCAAGAGGAAAUGGCGCAGCUGGACGGUGAACAGGUACUUUGCUGUGGACCUGAAGCACCGGCAUCCUUCGCUGGCGAGCAGUGGGGUGAACGGGGGCACGCAGCUGUCCAUCCUCAGCAAGAGCAGCUCGCAGAUCCGCAUGUCCAGCCUGCAGGCCGAGACGCCGGCCACCUGAGCGGCACCGGCGGGGACGCCACGUCCGGCAACGACGCCGCCUCCGGACCUGACGCCGCCAAACCUGCCACGCCCACCCUCGUCCCGAUGACCAGCCUCACCAACCCGUUCCUCAACCCGUACCCCAACCCAUACUCAGAC